CGAAUACCUCCUUUUUUUGUGCGCCUCCUCCCCAGCAUCCUCAUCCUCAUUCAUCCUCAUCCUCAUCCUCAUCCUCAUCAGCAUUUCCCUUUUCCAUUUUUGGUCGUGACAGUCAUCCUUUUUGACUUAAAAUCGGCCAGAACCCCACCCACCCACUCUUUCUUUUUUCAUUUCCUUUUCUCUCCCACUUCAACACCAACUAAACUACAUUUUCAACAGACCAAACAAAUAAUACAUUUUCCACAUACAUAAAUUUAUUCAUACAACUGUUUUGUACUUUUUAAAUAGCAUACAUUAUCUCUUAGUAUCCAUCUUUUCCUUUUCGUUAUGAGCAACAGCAUCACCCCAACUCCCAAUUCGCCACGCUCGGAAUACCCGGUCCGCGGGCUGCUCCCCAGGGCAGACACCCAGGCGGGCGACUUUGUGCGCAAGAACCCAACCUACGACGGACGCGGCACGGUCGUUGCCGUGCUGGACACAGGCAUAGACCCCAUGGCCACGGGGCUCCAAGUGACAUCCGACGGCAAGCGCAAGGUGGUGGACUUCAUCGACUGCACGGGAUCCGGCGACGUAGCGCUGGGCGAGGCGCAAAAGUGCUCUGAAGACCAGCCGCUUGAGCUCAAGGGCUUGUCGGGCCGCACUCUGCGGCUUAACCCGCAGUGGGUGAAUCCGACUGGCGAGUGGCGGCUGGGCGCAAAGCAGCUGCGCGAUAUUUGCCCCGGAGCAGUGUGGAGCAGAGCGCAGAGAGAGCGUGAGGAGGUGUUCCAGAAGAAAGUGCAGGCGCUGGCUGACGCAACAAGCGUACAGCAGCAGAAGAAGAAGGAUAAGCCUGACGAACAGCGCGCCGAGAUCGACGCCCAGGCCGAUGUGCUCAGCACGCUGGGCGCCGCGUACUCGGACUCCGGCCCGCUGCUCGACUGCGUGGUGUUCCAUGACGGCGAGCAAUGGCGCGCUGCCAUCGACACAGAAGAGACCGGCGACCUGUCCGCGGCAAACGCCCUGGGCGCCUACAAGCUGACCGGCGACAUUGCGGCGCUGAGCAAGCGGCACCUCUUCUACUACACGCUAAACUUCUACACAGACGUCCUGAGCAUCGUCACGGCGUGCGGCAGCCACGCCACCCACGUGGCCGGCAUCGUCGCCGCGCACCACCCGGAGGACCCGCAGAAUAACGGCGUAGCGCCUGGCGCGCAGCUUAUCUCGCUGAUGAUUGGCGACCACCGCGUGGACUCGCUGGAGACCGGCGUCGGGCUGACACGCGCGGCCAUCGCCAUCAUCGAGGCCAACGCCGACGUCGCCAACAUGAGCUUUGGCGAGCCCACGGCGACGCCUAACGCCGGCCAGUGGGUGAAGCUGGUGCGCGAGGAGGUCAUCCGCCGCAGCCGCUGCGUCUUCGUGGCGUCGGCCGGCAACGAGGGCCCGGCGCUGUCCUCGGUGGGCGCGCCCGGCGGCACCAGCGACGGCAUCAUCGGUGUAGGCGCGUUCGUCGGCUACGAGCAGAUGCGCGCCGACCACGCGCUGGCCGACCCCGUCAGCGACACGGUGUUCACAUGGUCGUCGCGCGGGCCAGCGGCCAACGGGCUGCGCGGCGUCGACGUGUACGCGCCCGGCAGCGCGAUUUCCAGCUACCCAGCGUACACGCAGAGCCGGCUGCAGCUGGCCAACGGCACCAGCAUGAGCGCGCCCAACCUGAGCGGCUGCCUUGCGCUGCUGCUGUCGGCGUGGAAGCAGGAGCACCCGGGCGCAGCGCGCAUCAGCCCGUUCCGCGUCAAGCACGCCAUGGCGGCGUCGGCCAAGCCCAUCGGCGACGAGCUGGGCGCCGGCCUGGUGCAGGUGGACGCGGCGUGGCAGUUCCUGCGCAAGCACGAGGCGCGGCCGCACGAGGACGUCGAGUACACCGUCGAUGUGCAGGACUCGGACGACAUGCAGGGCAUCUACCUGCGCAACCCCGAGGACUCAGCCGUUGCGCGCCACCUGCAGGUGCGCGUGCAGCCGGUGUUCCCCAUUGACCGCGCCGUGCGGCUCGAGAACGACUCGGACGGCCGCAGCGGCGAGGCGCAGAGCCAGCGCAUGUACGACUUUGAGCAGCGCCUGGUGCUGACCGCCACAGCCACCUGGGUGCGCGUGCCCGAGUUCAUCUACCUCAGCAGCAGCGGCAGCACCAUCGCAGUCGGCGUCGACGCCACAGCGCUGGCCGCCGGGCAGCUGCACGUGGCGGCCGUCCACGGCUACGACUCGGCCAACGUCGGCCGCGGGCCGGUCUUCACGAUCCCCGUCACCGUCACCAAGCCGCUGCAUGUCGAGCCGUCGGCCUGCGUGCGCUUCGACCGCCUGCGCAUGCAGCCGACCGAGAUCGUGCGCCGCUUCAUCGCUGUGCCCGAGGGCGCCACACGCGCCACCAUCCACCUGCGCUCGCGCAACGACUCGCCGCAGACCGCGCCGCCGUCGACCUUCUACCUGCACUGCCUGCAGCUGUCGCCGCAGCGGCGCUUCACAGCGUACGAGCUGAAGAAGUCGGUCCAGAUCGGCCACAAAAACUACGUGGCGGGCGGCGGCAGUGCUGAGCAGCAGGCGCGGUUCUCGAUGAAUGUGCUGGGCGGCGUCACGCUGGAAGUGUGCAUUGCCAAGUUCUGGAACUGCCAGGGCACCCACGACAUUGACGCGCGCGUCGAGUUCACCGGCAUUGCGCCGGCGUCGAGCGUGCUCGUGCUGAACGGCAACACCGGCAUUGCGCGUGCGGACUUUGCCGCACUGGUGUGCCCCGAGUACGACCUCAGACCCGCAGCCACACUGCACACGCUGCGCACGGCGCUGCGCCCCGUCGAGUCAUCGGUGGCGCCGCUGUUCAGCGACCGUGACGCACACCCGGAGUCAGGGCUGCCAAUCUACCGGCUGGCGCUGGACUACAAGCUGAGCACCAAGGCCGACAGCUCCUCCGUGCACCUGCGCAUUCCGGCGUUCGACUCGAUGAUCUACGAGAGCUGGGCGGAUGACUUUGCGCUAGCCAUCUUCGACGCGAACAAGCGCCGCGUUUGGUCGCUUAUCGGGUACACCAAGUCUGUGACGCUUGCGAAGAAGGGCGACUACCUAGUGCGCGUGCAGGUGCGCCACCGCUCGGCCAAGCUGCUCGAGCCGCUGCGCAACACCACGCUGGUAGUCGACACCAGGCUCUCCACGCCUGCGUCGCUGCAGAUCAGGCGCACGCACAGUGCGCAGUUUGUCACCACCAGCUACGCCCCUGUGCAGAAGCCCAUUAUGGCGCGCGGCACGCGCUUCCCGCUGUUUAUCAAGACCGAGCUGUCCAGCGUCCCCACGGAUGCCUCCCCCGGCGACGUGCUCCUGGGUAGCCUCGUCCUGAACACAUCCUCGGCACCGGUGGAUAUCGAGUACGUUGUGCCGGCCAAGAUUGUUUCCAAGCCGGACUCGCCCAAGCUCACGCCGGCCAAGGUCGCGAAGGAGGUGGUCCCGGUGGCUGAGAAGGAGCGCAAGGAGAUGGAGGAGGCCCUGCGCAAGGUGCGCAUCGACUGGGUCAAGAAAACCACCGACGACGCUGCGCGCGAAUCCCUCGUCCUUGACCUCAUCAAGGCUUCGGCGACGGACGCCGACCGCGCAUUCGUUCUCUCCGCGCACCUAGAGUACAUUGAUGCACUGGGCAAGACCACUUUGCCGUGGAGCGACAAGGCAUUUACCCCGGAGAAGGCCAAGCGCGCUAUCAAGGUUGCUGAUGAGUUGUACGCGUUGACAUAUGGCUUGGCGCUGACUGCUAAGCUGUAUGAGAGCCAGAAGCCGACGAGUGUUGACGAGAAGGAGGCCAAGGAGGCGGCUGGAAAGGCGAGGGACCAGCUUGUGUCGGCGCUCACAACGAAAUCCCGCGCACUGGCCUUCCUCCAUUUCAAGCAACAGGCUAAUACAGAUGCCUCUGUCACCAUGGAUGCCUCAGCUGCUUCUGUUGCUGUUGCUGCUGCUGCUGAUGCUGCUGCUGCUGCUGCUGCGUCUGAGACCAGUGACUUUGUUGAUGUCAGUGCCGAAGAUGCCACCGACUCUAUCGAUGCGCUGGAGGAAUACACGAAGGCUGUAGCGCAGCUGAAACAGUGGGUGGACGGGAGCCAGGCUGACGGAGUACCGCAUUUGCUUGCCAGUUUGCCUCUGCUUGUGGCGAAGCAGCAGUUUGCCAGGGCACUGCAGCCUGUGCUCAAGUGGCUGGCCAAGUCUCCCCUGUUGUCGUCGAAUGCUGAUGAGCGCAAGUGCAUGAGGGAGCUGAGGGAUUGUUUGCUGGAGAAAUUGCAGUGGAACUUGUGGGUGGAACAUUUCCGCGCUGUGGAGUUGACUGACUAUCCUACUGUAUAUGAAGCUCUGUAAAAAUAAAAUCGGGGCUGCAAUUUUUCUCUUUUUUCAUAUGAAUAUUCACUAUACAUGUUGAUUUGGGAUACCACUUUAUUGAUUUUUAAUAAUGUUAUUUUAAUAUUUUGGAUAUUGCAAGAAUAAAAAGCUAGGAAACCCAGUUUUGGGCUAUUAUUAAUGUUGGGAGGUUUGGAGCGCAAUACUCCUUUCAUAUUUGUUUGCCACACCCUGG